AUGCAACCCCGAAGCGUCCCCGCAACUUCCACCGGCACGGCCUUGCGCGCCGUCAGCAGACUCCCCGCGGUGCACCGCAGCCUGCACGGGGCGCAGCGGCCAAGGCCAUGCGCCCCUGUGCGCGCGUAUCAGAUCACUUACGUGGGAGAGGACGGAUCCGAAGUGCGGGUGCAGGCCUCCGAGUCGGAUUUCCUGCUGGACGUGGGCGAGGAGAACAGCGUGGACAUACCCGCCAGCUGCCGCGGCGGCAUGUGCGGCACCUGCGUGUGUAAGCUCACAUCAGGAGAGGUGGACAUGAGCGAGGCUGGGGACCUUGAGGGCGUCUUGUCCCCGGAGCAGCUGGCGGCGGGUUAUAUUUUGACGUGCUCCUCGAGGCCCAAGUCGGACUGCACGGUGGAGUGGAAGCAGGACUGGGGCGUGUCGGUGCUGGACGAGUGGAAGGGGUGA